AUGCCGAUUGGGUGCCAGAAUAUGCUGGCAAGCAACAGACCAGCAUCAUGUCCAUCUUCUGAUCCUCAACAGGCCUCUGAUGACAUUAAAAAUGAGGCGAUGGCUCUGUCCAAUAACUCUAGACCCACCCAACGUUCCAAAACAUUUCCUUUCGACUCCAUUAUCACUAUCUACCGGGAUAAUGAGAGCGAAAUCCCGUGCCCAUUUGCUGAUCCUCCAUUGAUGAGGCUAAGCGCCGACGCCAUCAAUGAAAAUGGCAUCCAUAGCAAGGCUGUUAGCAUAUCACAAAAAUCAGCUGAAACAGUGAUCAGUUUCAAUAAUACACCUUUUCAUAUGACCGAUGCGGAAGACAAUUUGACAAAUUGUGUUUUGGAAGAUGACAAAGACAUUGUGGAAGAUUAUGAUGAUGAUUUUCUUAACUCGGUUGAUGAUCCACCAGAUGGGGAUGCCACUCCAGAUUAUUCGUUCGUCGCUAUUCAACUGUCUUAUGAUGAAGAACAUGACUCUCAAUCCAAUAUAAAUGCAAAUCAUUUAAGUGAAUCGAAUGGGAAUUUAGUAAGGGAUAUAAUAAAUGGUGGAACCAUGGAAGUUCUAUUUUCUGUUGCCACUACAUGUGAACUUUCACGAGAUAUCUCUAAUUCAGAAUGCAUCAUCCGUCGUUCCAGUAAAAAUGAUUAUGACAAUGAAGAAUAUUGUGAACUAAAUGAUAGAAAUGGAGAUGGGCCGAUAAUUCCUAUUACUAAGCAAAGUAUACCAAUUCCAGGUAGAUCAACCCCAGAAAGGCCAUUGAAAACGGGUUCAGGAAUCAUGGGGCUUGACAAGGAUAUCUCCACAAAAGUUGAGGAAAUGAGUGAAGAUGAAAAUUGUGAAAGACGCUCACCAUCUUCCCGAGAUUUUACUGAGAUCUCUGGUAUUAAUGACACUGCUGGAACUUCGUUUUUUGUUCUAGAUGAUGAGCCUGAUAUUGUUAGCCAUAGUGCUGAUGCUAAAACAAACCACCGUGAUACUGUGUCGGAUAUUACUUCCAAAGGUGAGACAAAGUUGUCCACAGAAGCUAUUCUUUCUGGAAAAAGAAGCUCACAGGUUUCGAUUGAAUCGAAACAUUCGAGAAAAAGGAAAUCUACAUUAGCUGAUCUAUGUGCUAAAGCCUCUGCUAGCUCUGCCAGAUAUAGAGUUGGUCUCUCUAAAAGGCAGUCCAUUGAACAUCUUCAUUCCCGUUUUUCCAACAAGUGA